AUGCCUACAAUCGUUAGCCAGGUGAGUAAAAACAACAUCACAUUGGCUUAAAAUCACAGAAAAUGUUUGAACAAAACGAAUAUUUUUUUUAAUUUUAAUGUUUAUGUAAUUAUAUAAGCAUUCUGCAACAUCCUUUUUACGGUGGACAGAGGACAACUGUUUGUUGUUGUCCUUCGAGUCACCUCUCAGCUGACCUCUCCGCGCGCGUGCGUUUGAACAAUCCUUUUUUGACAAAUUUUUUUGAGGAUUUGCCAUCUUUAUUUUCGCCAAUCAUUUGUAGCCAAUCAUUUGUGACCGGCCUCUGACCGAAAAUUAUUUUGAGCCCUGUGACCUUCUUCCUGUUCUCUCAAAUUUGUUAGAUUGAGGAUCUUGAAAAUAACAUAAAAGCAUCUGAAGAUGAAAUGGACAUGAUAGACCGAAGUCUACGUCUAAGAAGAUUGUCAGAGAAUGAAAGGUAGUUCGACAACUACAUGAUCUGCAUUCUGAUAAGAUAAAAAUAAUUACUUGGUUUUUCAUGUUAAAGUGAACAAGAACUUUGUGUUAUGCAGUCAUUGAUACACGUGUUCCAUAAGUGGAACAUGUUACUAACUUUAGUGUGUACCUUAUAAUUGCUCUUUUGAGUCCUAUUUUUAGUUCUGUUACAGUGCAGUGAGACUUAAUGUCCUUUUGAAGUAAUAAACUAGCCUGUUCCAUGCUCAAAGAUAGUGUCAGUGAGGAAAGUCGAUCAAGAAAAGUUGCACGAAAACCGCAUGGGGGCUGGGGAGAGACAGAUUAGUGGGGCCUGUAAGCAUUGUUUUCAAUACCUCAUUCCAGUUUACCAGCUCCAGGUAUAUCCUACGAUUGGUCAAUUGUGAGAGUUUAGGAACCGUUCAUUUUUAAUGGGGGAGCAAGGGGCUAGUGGGAUUUGACAAGUAGCUCCUAUUAUGAUGACCCCCCCCCCCCCUUCAUAAGAAAUGUUUUGGACAGUGCCCCCUUGUGUCCCAAAUUAAUUUAGAUGACCCCCCAAAAAAAAAAAAAAUAAAAUAAAGGAAAGGUAAAGAAAGAAAGAGAGAGAGGACAAAGAAAAAAUGACUAACUGAAUUUUGUUACUCUUUCCUAAUGAAAUGUUCAGUUUGUUAAAUGUAUGCUUUUAUGCUUUUUUGCAUUGUAGUGCAGUAGAAUUGUCUUUUGGUGCAUGAUAAAGUAGGGGUCUGGGGGCAUGCUUCCCCGUAAAAAUCGGAACUUUCUGAAUGUCAGGAAUGCUGGUUUUUGGCAUUCUGGUGGGUGGUUUGCAUUUUUACAAAGCCGUCACUGACCACCCCUUUAAAAGCCAAAGCCAAGUUUUUCCUCCCCCCCUCAUAUCCCACCAGCCCCCCCCCCCCAACUGCCCCCAACUGAUGAAAAAUGAAUGGUUCCUUACUUUGCUCAGGCAGAGAGUCUAACAAACCUUGUCGAGGAUGUAAAUUUUUCGUCAACACAAGCGGUGAGAGAACUGUUUUGCAGUUGCCGACCAACAGCUACCACUUGUCUAUGGUGGAGCUGGCACUUAAAGGAGUGCUUUGCUCUCACCACCCGUGGCAGUAAAGGGUCUGUGAUACGUGGAUUUGCCUGCUCAUAGACCUGAUGAGUAUGCCAUGCUGAUGAGCCCCCAUAAGGGCAAAACAGCUGUCCAUGACUGCCACUGCUGGGGUGAUAUGGAUGUGUGCAUGCAUAAGGUAAUGCCCAUACCACGUAGUUGGUACGCAUGCUUCAGAGCUGAUAUUGGUAAAAACCCUCCUACACCACACCUUUUGACGUUUUGACAUUUGACAUUUUGACUCAACAAACAGUCUUUCAGGAUGCAGGCGGGAUAGUGGGUGGAUUGAGGUAUUUGAAAAAAAGGUUACCUAGGCUCUCCUCUUCUCUGUUCCCACUGUUGCCUCAUUUUUUCCACCCCUGCUUGCUCGCUUUUUACACUCGUCCGUACUGAUCAAUAAGUAAUAAGCUGAGAUUAAACUCGGUAAGAACCAAACUGUUUAAAGGAAAAAAAAUUUACACAGAAUUCCUUAGUUAAGAAAAAACUUACCCAAAGAGCUUAGGAUGGACUACCUAUGCCUGCCAAGUUUCAAAAAACGUUAUGGAAAUUUUAACAGGAUUUUGCUAGACUACGGACUUUGAUCCUAAUUGCCCACCUGUUACUCGGUUAAGGCGUAGCAUCAUAGUCGAUCAUCAUAGUGCUUUUCUUAAUAAUAAUUUAUGUGUUGCUUUUUAUGUAACAUUUUCCUCAAAUUAGUUCUUUAAAUGCAUUGUUAGUUAAUUAUUUUCGAAUUAGGUGGAGUAAGUUCUCUUUAAAUGACUUGUAUGCAAUGAUAAUGGAUUAAUUUAACUAAAAAUUGAAUAAACUAUGGUAGGUUCCCUGUUUUUACCCUUAAUUAUACAUAAAAAAAACAACAACAACAACAACAACGGUGACAAAUUAUUAUACCAUGUGGUUGUUUUGCAAUUGUUAUUGUUAAUUGUUUCUUUUCAAUGUAAGGUACAUUCAUAAUACUGAAAAUCUUUUACACUAUUAGGUUAGACUUGGAGCAUAAAAUGAAGCAGUUACAAGAACAAAUCAAGGAAAAUGGUAAGCAUUGGUUUACUUUAACAGGUCAUUUUCAACAUACAAGGCGCAUCUUGUAGUCUAGUAAUUUGCCUGUGCUUCCGUUAAAAAUAGAAGAAUCUUCAUAAUAGCCAUUGUCACCGAUUUAGUGGUAUAUUUUUUACAUUUUUGCCAUGAUUUAGAGGAAGAAGUUCGUCUAGUUCGCUUUUUUUGCAUAAGCAUGUGUAAUCAAUGAUGCUAAACUAUGACAUACGGAAAAAUCAUUUUAGGCAUGUUUUGUCAAAGUUCUAUUUAUCAGUUCCAAAUUUGGAACUGGUAAUGAAAAAUUAGCCGUGGAAUUCUCUGGAAAAUCUGGACCAUUUACAGAGAUAGUGAAAUCUCUUACAGACUUUGUAAUUACUAUAAGAGUGCAAAAACAUACGAAACACAAAAUGACUCUAAAAUCAUUUUUGCAGACAUUUCAUACAGUUUUUUAAUAUCUGCAUUUCUAGAAUGUUUAUGAAAUAACUACAAAUUUCAGCUACUAAAUUUCAGGGAAUCUAGAACGGAGAAGUAUUUUGAAUGAGUAAUAAUGCCGAUCAUAGGUUUCAAGGGCGUCAUGGGUGAUCAUUCGAUUAAGGUGCAAAAAGAAAUAUUCAACAAAUGUAUAUUCUGCCUUUUCAAAUUACCAAAAUACAUUUUAGAACUUAUUAUUAUUAUUACUAUUAUUAUUAUUAUUAUUAUUAUUAUUAUCAUUAUCAUUAUUAUUAUUUUGUUAUUUUUUUACAGAGAGAGACCUUGGAAGGUUACGAAAAGAAAACCGAAAAUCCAUGCUCAUGUCUGUUGCAAUCCUUGCCCUCUUCAUUGUUGCAUACUUAAUAAUAACCAGCUAGCGACAAAUCUUAGAGGAAAUGUGUAGAAUGUAAUUAUUUAUAAUGAUAUGAAUGUUAUUCAAAGAAAAUGUCAUUAACUACGAUUAUACACCCAUCUCCAGCGUCUGAACACCAUAUAUUUACCUAUAUA